AUGGAGGUGCAGGAGAUUAAAAAUCGGAUGGCCGCCUAUCGAUUCGUCGCCUAUUCGGCGGUGUCGUUCUCGAUUGUCGCCGUGCUCGCCGUAUGCGUCACACUUCCGAUGGUCUACAACUAUGUGCACAAUGUGAAACGGACGAUGCAUGGCGAAAUCGUGUAUUGUCGAGGAAGCGCCAAAGAUAUUUGGGCUGAAGUCAAAACGCUGAAGUCGGCCGUCGAGCCGAGACAGAAUAGGACGGCUCGUCAGGCGUAUGCCGACGCCGCCGUGCAUGGCGGCGGUGGCGGUGGCGCCGGCAAUUGCGAGGCCUGUUGCCUGCCGGGGCCCGCCGGGCCCGCGGGAACGCCGGGCAAACCGGGCAAGCCCGGAAAGCCGGGCGCGCCGGGACUGCCCGGCAAUCCCGGCAAGCCGCCGGUGCAACCGUGCGAGCCGAUCACACCGCCGCCGUGCAAACCGUGUCCCGAAGGGCCGCCGGGACCGCCGGGGCCGCCGGGACCACCGGGAGACGCUGGAAGCGAUGGGACGCCGGGAGCGCCGGGUGGCGAGGCGCCGCCCGGCGAGCCAGGACCGAAAGGACCGCCAGGCCCGCCGGGACCGCCGGGACCACCGGGACAGCCAGGAAGCCCGGGAAACGAUGCGCCAAGCGAGCCGCUGGUUCCCGGCGAGCCGGGACCUGCAGGACCGCCGGGACCGCCGGGACCCACCGGACCGGAUGGGCAACCAGGAAACCCGGGAGGGCCAGGACAACCUGGACCGAAAGGGCCGCCGGGAAAUCCGGGACAGCCAGGCGCCGAUGGAAAGCCGGGAGCUCCCGGACCGGCGGGACCGCCGGGAAACAAGGGAGAGAAGGGAAUCUGUCCGAAAUAUUGCGCCAUCGAUGGUGGAGUGUUUUUCGAGGAUGGAACCCGACGAUAG